AUGUACCUUCAAUCCAUUGACUGCGUGGCUGUAUUUUCAGGCGUUAAUUACUAUGCAUUCUCUUUUGUUAACACAACAAUGUUAUAUGGGAUAUUAGAAUCAAAGCAAGGACUAACCAAGAGUUUGUCUAAUUUCGAGAGAGUUUUCGUGCUCUUGUCCCACGAAGCCGUCCAGCGUAAGGACCGAAUAACAGGUUGUGGUUCUUCUGUUAAUCGUCGUGGCAUCUGCCGCCGUGGCCAAGGCCUCAGUACGGCUACAGUCCCCCUGCCACUACCGCCCUGCUCCAACCUAUGCCCCGCUCCCUCCUACAGGCCAGCUCCCUCUUAUCAGCAGGCCCCAGCCAAGUACGACUUCGAGUGGGGCGUCAGGGACUCCUACUCCGCCAACCACUUCGGCCACAACGAAGACCGCGACGGAUACAACACCCAAGGAUCCUACUACGUGCAGCUCCCCGACGGCCGCCUGCAGAAGGUCACCUACUACGUCAACGGCGACUCAGGCUACGUAGCCGAGGUCAGCUACGAGGGGCAGGCCCAGUACCCAGCCUACCACGCCGCCCCCUCCUACAGUCCUGCCCCGACCUACACACCCGCCCCCGUGUACGGAUAAAUCUUGAACAGUUUUAAGCGAAUGUACAGUAUCCUUAUGUUUAUAUAAAUCAAAGAUUAAAAA